AUGCCAUCGACAGGACUUUUCUUCCUGCCCAUUGCCCCGAAUCAAGCCUCCCCGUCGGCAACUCUGGUCGCCCACAUCUCGCGGUCUUUUCCUGCUCAAGCGCUUCCGACCUUCCACCUCGACCACCGUCUGUUUGUGGACACCCCAUCCCUGCUCCCCAAUUCCGACGCGUCUCUACGAAGAUUCACAAGCAUCUUGACGCUCUCGCACACUCCUGGGACGACAUAUGUCGGGACAACGUCUCCGAAAGACAGAGCGACAGCGACCGAGCAGCCAGUUGCCUCCACACUUGUCACCAUCCCAUCCACGCACGCGGACCCAUUUACUCAAUUGAUCGGGACCAAGAUACAACCUCACUGGGCUCACAGACAGUCUCUGGUAGUGGAUAACGGAACGGCACUGGCCCUGCAACCCCAAGAAUGGGCCGUUCGCAUCGGAGAUGUCAAAAUACCUACUGGCCGUUCCGGCCAACAAACCACAUCGAAUCUGCGUGGGAUGCUCGUCGAAGUCUCCCUCAACAACGCCUCCGCCCAACAUGAACGCCUGGACUCUACGACGGAAGAAGAGACCGAGCUCGAGGCUAUCAGCAAGGAUGAAGAGACACUUAUCAGAGCAUUCCUCGACUCAUUGAUCGACGGGACGGGCGUGCAGAUGACAAAUAGCCGGGCAUUGUUUCGGAACACCAGGAUUCCUUCCGAGGACAACGACACCAAUGGUGUUGUGGAUUGGGGCCUGGCAAAGCUCUACAUGGAUAUGCUUCGAACACCACGGUGA